AUGGAGACACUCCUCCAAUUCCUCCCAAAUUCCUUCUCCUCCAUUCCUCACCACCAUUCCCAUUUCAAACCAAAACACCAUCCUCCCCUUUUCCACUUUCCCUUCAAAAACUCCAAAACCCAUUUUCCCCUCCACUCCCUCACCCAAACCCAUUCCCAUUCCACCCCACAACCACACCCCAACAUCGUCUCUUACUCUUCUCUCAUCUCCACUUUCUCCAAAUCCAAACGCGAGCACCAAGCAAUAUUCCUCUUCCUCCACAUGAUAACCUCUUCACCUCUUCGCCCAAAUGGCUACACUUAUGUUGCGAUUUUAACCGCUUGCACUAGAAUUUUCAGCCUUCAAUUAGGUCUCCAGUUACAUGCUGCGGUUAUUAAAACUGGGUAUUUGAAUUCAGUUUUUGUUUCAAACGUGCUCAUGUCGUUUUAUUUGAAAUGUGGGUUUUAUCAAACUGCAUUCAAGGUGUUUGAUGAAAUGGCUCAGAGGGAUAUUGGGUCUUGGAACAUUGUAAUUUUGUGUGCUGUUAAGGGGUGUAUGUAUGACACUGUGUUUCGAUUGUUUCUUGAUAUGCUGGUAACUGAUUCUUUGAAAGUUGAUUAUUUUACGUUGUCGACGGUUUUGGCUGCUUGUGCUAGAACAACUGGUUUGGUGAUGGAGGGGAAACAAGUGCACGCGUUUGCUGUUAAGGUUGGGUUGGAGACUGAACUGAAUGUUGGGAAUGCUCUUAUUGGGUUUUAUACGAGUUGUGGAACUCUUGAUGCUGUUGUUUGUUUAUUUGAGAGGAUGGGUGUUAGAGAUGCUAUUACUUGGACGGAGAUGGUGUGGGCCUAUAUGGAGUUUGAUUUUGUGGAUUUGGCUUUGAAGGUUUUUGAUGAAAUGCCGGAAAAGGAUUGUGUGAUUUAUGAUGCUCUUUUGUCUGGGUUUUGUCGAAAGGGUGAGGGUUUAAAGGCUGUCGAAUUGUUUGUUAGAAUGGUGGAUGAGGGCAUGGAGUUAACGGGUUUCUCUAUGACUAAUGGGAUUAAUGCUUGUAGUUUGCUUGCUGAUUAUGGGGUCAGCAAACAGAUGCAUGGAUUUGCAAUCAAGUUUGGGUUUGGAUCAAAUGUUUGUGUUGAAGGGGCCUUGCUUGAAAUGUACACAAGGUGUGGGAGGAUGGUAGAUGCUAAGAAGAUGUUUAGCAUGUGGGAAGAAUUGGAGAAACCUAGCUCUGUUGUUUGGACUUCCAUGAUUUGUGGCUAUGCUCGAAACGGGCAACCGAAUGAGGCAAUUUCUGUUUUCCAUCUUGGUCAUUCUAAAGGGAAAUUGAUUAUGGAUGAAGUUGCACUAUCUUCGAUGCUUGGUCUUUGUGGAACUGUUGGCUAUCAUGAUAUGGGCAAGCAAAUCCAUUGUCAAGUUAUUAAAUUUGGCUUUCAUUCUAAAGUGCGAGUUGGAAAUGCUAUUGUUAGUAUGUAUUUUAAAUCUGGGAAUGUAGAUUAUGCAAUUAAGAUGUUCACUGGCAUGUCCUCUACUGAUAUAGUUUCAUGGAAUAUUUUAAUUUCUGGUUAUGUUAUGCACAGGCAGGGCGAUAGAGCUUUGGAAAUAUGGUUGAAAAUGCAGGAAGAGGGCAUAACGCCUGAUGAAGUUACGUUCAGUUUGAUAAUUUUAGCCUAUAGACAGACUAACUUGAAUUUGGUUGAUGACUGCCGUAGUUUGUUUGAUUCAAUGAGAACUAUUUAUCACAUUGAGCCAACAUCUCAACAUUAUUCAUCCUUCAUCAGUGUUUUGGGUCACUGGGGUCUCUUGGAAGAGGCGCUGGAAACUAUCAAUAAGAUGCCUUUUAAGCCUUCUACUCUUAUUUGGCGUGCUUUGCUCGAUGGUUGCAAACUCCAUAAGAAUACAAUGAUUGAGAAAUGGGCUGUCAAGAAUAUUCUUGCCCUGGAACCUAAAGAUCCAUCUGCAUAUAUACUUGUUACAAAUUUGCAUUCAUCUUCUGGGAGAUGGGAUUGCUCUGAGAUGACAAGGGAAAAUAUGAGAGAAAGGGGAUUUCACAAAUACCCGGCUCAAAGUUGGAUCAUUUGUCAGAAGAAAAUGCAUUCAUUCUAUGCAAGAGAUAGAUCUCAUCCGCAAGACAAAGACAUAUAUAGUGCGUUGGAGAUUCUAAUCUCAGAGUGCCUAAAAGUUGGAUAUGAACCUGACACGCGCUUCGUUCUCCACCAAGUGGAGGAGGAGCACCAAAAGAAAACAUUUCUAUUCUCUCACAGUUCAAAACUAGCAGCAACUUAUGGAAUAUUGAUGACAAAGCCAAGGGAGCCCAUCCGGAUUGUAAAGAACAUCCUUCUUUGUGGGGACUGCCAUACAUUCAUGAAAUAUGUAUCUAUUAUCACUAAGAGGGACAUUUUUCUAAGAGAUUCUUCAGGAUUUCAUUGUUUCUCUAAUGGCCAAUGCUCAUGUAAAGACCAAUGGUGA